UCAUCUGAAAACUUGUGGUACCCGUGGCCAUUCUUGUGAUUGUGGUCGUGUUUUCUCAAGGUCUGUUCUCUUUUGUUUUUUCUUUUAUCUUUUUUCUUUUUCUUUCUGAAUUCUUCUUCUUCUUCUUCAAUGGUGGUGUGUCUGUUGGAUGCCGGAAACCGGGUUCGGCUUGCUUUUUUAUAUACAGUUCAACAAAAUGGACUAUUAACGUUUUUCUCUGGAUAGAAAGUUUAAUCAAAUGAAGAGCUUUAAAUGCUGGUUUUGAUUUCCCAAGAUCUUAUCAAUCAAUCAUCCUCCCUUUUUAACUCUUUAUUUGUUUUUGUUAUUUCCACGAGAGAAUGUAUGGUUUGUGAAAGGUUUGAACACUUUCUUGGCUUUUUUUACAAGUUUUUAGUACAUCAAGAUUUUGCUUGUUUUCAAGUGAUUCUUUCAAUGGGUUUUUUUUUUUUUUUUUGUUUUGAGAGGGAGGAAACAUAUGAAUAUAAAAAAUUGUUGAAACAAAAGAAUUAAGGAAGAUGCAGGAGAAUUUGGAUUUUUUUUUUUUAGGGACCUUAUGGUUAUGGCGGCCAAAUAAUUUAUUUAUUUUGGGUGUAAGUUAUAACAGUUUACUGACAGUUAACCAAAGCUUUCAAAGCUGAAAAACACAUAGAUCAUUGUGCUUCAUACUUUAAUUAAUUAAUUAAAGAAAAAAAAAUAAAGAUCUUCUCUAAGUGUCUCAUUCCAAAUCCAUUUCUUUAAUUUUCUUUUAAAAAUCCCAUGCGUAUAUAUAUGGUGGAUUCCUUAGUUAUAAUCUUGUUUGUUAGUAUCACAUUCAUUUUUUUUAAAAAAAAAAAAUAUAUAAAAACGCACUACAUAUUGACUUCUUCUGAGAUAUUCCUUUCUUAAUAAAGGAUAUUGAUCAUCAUGAAGAUGUCAAAAGUUUUAAUAGAUUUUUGUAUAUACACCAACUAUCAAUAUUCUUAACACAUUAAACCAAUGUUUGAUUAUCCAAAACUACAUCCUCCUCUGUCCGUCCUAAAAUAUAUACGAGCUCUGUUUAUUUUUUUGUAGUAUUAUUUAAAUUUGGAACGAAGUGGAGGGAGUACAUUAUAUUUUGAUUCUUUGUGCUUGUUUGCAUCUAUGAUCUAUCCCUACUUACACUUAAUAAUAUUGACUUGAUAUAUCAUCCCUUUUUAUUUGUUUCUAGCUGGUACCCAAUAUUAUUCCAUUUGAACAUGUCCUUGUUCAACUUUCCCAAUACACCAAGAAUCAUUACAAAAUUUUUUUCAAACAAAUUUUAUCUUCAAAACAAUACCUUUCUAUCCAUUUAACUUCAAAAGAAAAAGAAAAAAAUACUUUCUUGCUAAUUUAUUUUGUUCUAUUCAUAUAUAUAUAUAUAGGGUGGAGAGCUUCAUUGAGCAUCAAGAUGCUUGUAAUAUGGGAAGAAUCAGAUCAGAAUCCAAUUCUUUACAACCGACUCCAACAGCUUGUCUUUCUCGAACAGCUUCAAGCCCAAGUCCUUCAAGUGAUACCAAUCUAAGUGCUUCUCCUUGGCCUGUUUUAAUGGCUUCUGCCACCAAAAAACCAAUGUUAUCAUCUUCUUCAUCCAUGGAUCCCAAGUUCCUCAACUACCCUUCUGUAGAUUCUUCCUCAAACAACAACAAAACCUUAAUAUCUCCAAACAAAAACUCCCAUCUUCCUCAUAACUUGGAGCUCCAACUCCUGACAACAAAUUCAUCAUCUCCUUCUUUGGACAUUUCCAUCUCAAAGAAAGUUGAUGAUCAGCAAGACCAUUCAGCAAUGCUUCAGUUGUCGAUCGGAUCGUCGGAUUUCAGCGACAAAAGCGAUCAUAUGGAGACUGCAAAUGUAAGCCGGAGUUCAGAAAUAAGCAAUGAGAAGAGUCAUAAUAAUAAUGUUAGUAAUAUGGAGGAAGUAAGGGAACAGUUGGGAAUGGCAAUGGCUGAAAAAGCUUAUGCUGAGGAAGCAAGAAGGCAAGCAAAGAGGCAGAUUGAGUUGGCUGAGCAAGAAUUUGCAAAUGCUAAAAGGAUAAGGCAACAAGCUCAAGCUGAGUUGGAGAAAGCUUUGGCCUUGAAAGAACAAGCCACAAAGCAAAUAAAUGCCACCAUUUCACAAAUCACUUGCCAUGCUUGUAAAGACAAGUUUCAAGCCUCAGCUUCAAGAAGUACUUCAACAGCAAAACUAUCUUCUUCUGCUUUGACAGUUGAUCAUGCAUGA